AUGUUUUUCUGGAACAAGCGGCCCCGGUGGCCACCUUCGCCUUCGGUGGAAGACGAGUUUGAAUCGCUCUCCCGGGAGCUACACGGAUUGGCCAAGAUUGGAGACAAGCCGGGAAUUGAAGGAGUCUGCGCCAGAGGAUCUAUUGAUCAAUACCCGGUGAUCAUUGAAACGUUCUCACUCACGUCCAUCGUUCAGACCGAUACCUUGGGAGAUUAUGGCCACGGGAGCACCUCUUCUGUUAAUAGUUCCGGACCACCAACACCACCUUCGGAAUCCAAACAGCCCUGCCUGUUCGAUGCAGGUAAUGCCACACAGCAAGGACCUCAGCUCAGGCCAGCGCCUUUGGCGACACCACCUAUGUCUCGAGACACAUCCCCUCGAGGCCAGCCACGUGCACCGGUCCCUCAACCAGUACAGAGCAGUAGGCCCACGACUGGCCAUCAGUCAUUACCUUCUCAACCCGUGAACUCUAGCCCCCAAAGCGCCAAGGCACAAAAGGACAGCCCCCCAGCAUUACACAAGGCAACUUCCAACCCAACCCCACUGAAACCUUCAAAGCCGUCUACCCUUGUGCGAACCUCUUCAUUGCCAAACAAGCCUGCUUCCACCAUUCCAAAGAGGCCCGUGUCUGGCCAUCCUACGGACCCGCCGGGAACCAAAGUCCAGCAGCCUCCUCGGGCUGCCCCAAGCCCAGUCAAGGCCACAAAGCCACCUCUCCCAAUGCGUACAUCUUCCUUGGCAAACAAGUCUGCUGUAUCUGGUUCAAAGCCGCCAGGGAGCAUCAAGCCUGACCGACCCACAGGAGUUAAGGUCCAGCACCCUCUUCCAGUCAACUCAAUCCCACAGCAAACUGUCAAACGGUCUUCUCCAGUGCCUGCAUCGUCGUUGCCAAGCAAGUCUGCUGCCAUCACGAAGGAGUCGCGGGCUGUCAAACCUGACCAGCCUGCGAGGCAGUCAGCCGCUAAUGUCAAGCAGCCUCUCCCGGCCAGCCCAGGGCCUCGGAAGGCCACGAAACCGGUGCCUCAGGUGCACACUGCUCCCCUUCCAAACAAGCCUGUUACCUCUUCUGUCCCAAAGCGGCCGGCGAGCAUCAAUACUAGUGCCCUGCAACCUAACUCAGCUGCACUUAAGGCAAAAGAUCAUGGUAACAAGCCAGGACCAAACCCGGAGCCUAAAGGAAGUGAAGCCCCUUCCACAGCAUCCCCGAGAACAUUAAGCCUGGCGGAGAGGUUGGAAGAGAAACUGAGGCGCAAACAUGAACAGAGAGAGUCCAGUGGUUUCCCAGAUGCACAGAAGACAAACCCACCUACCCCGGUCUCUGUUCCAAAGCCCAGUGGUCCAGUUAUUGCCAAAAGUAAUCCACCUACUACGCAGGAGCCAGCUAACCAGGCGCCCCGUUCGCAACUUGCACGCAAAGUGGCAACGAUUGACCCACCAUCAGUCAAGAAAGGUCCACGCCCAACCUCUCUCGUCGAAGCGCGGGUGCCAAAGUUGGUGCCGUCACCUGAGACACAGUCUGCCCCCAUCCUCCCCAAACGAACUGUUUCAUUUCAAACUGGGGGCCUAAAGCCCGCUUCUUUGAAAAGUUUGGAAGAUACCCUCGAGCAGCUACAGUCUCUACAGGUUAGCCUCCCACAACCCGUUCGCCCCCCAUCUCCGAGCAGGUCUGGCCAGUGUCUGUUGCCCUGCCCUAGGUCUGUCCCAGUGGCAGGAUACCAGGACUGGUACACAAUCAAAGGCAUGACUCACUUGAACAUCUGCCCUUCAUGCGUGAAUCAGAUGCGCAAGUCGAAGUUCCGCGACCUCUUGAUCUUAGGAACCCCCCGGCCACGCUCGGAGAAGGUCCGUUGUGCGAUGAGCGAGCCAUGGGCCCGGCUCGCCUGGAUGCAAUCCAUACAGAAACAACUCGACCAUCUGCACUUGCUCUGCCAGAUCACCCAGCCACCUCUAGGAACCAAGCCAUGCACAGGGCGUGUUGUCAGCGAGCAGCACUGGUACCGCGUGGUCGACCCUGCCACGGGAGCGUUUCUUCCAAAGUUCAACGUCUGCUCCGCAUGUGUCCGGAAUCUAAGAAUCCUCAUGCCCCCGCACCAAGAUACAUUCAAGCUUUGCACCGCUCUGCAAGAGCGAGUCUGCGAUUUUGUGACGGAUAGCCCCCGCUUCAUCCGGUACAUUGACCUUCUCGACAUUGCUGCGAACCGUGCCGAACAAGAGCACUCACCCCAGCCCGACCUGCGUGAAUUCAUGGCCUACGCUCGCCGAAAGGUUGUGCUCCGGGACUGCCGCCGUAACCGGGUAGCGCUUAAUACGUGGCACUACAUGCCCCAACUCCCGGAGUUCACGGUAUGCGAGGACUGCUAUGAUGACAUAGUGUGGCCCAUGGUCAAGGCCAACUAUCCCAUCGCCCGUAAAUUCUCCACCAUGAUGCGGCUGCCCCCGGGUGAAGGGCUGGCUCGCUGCCGGGAGGCAAGCUGCCAGCUCUACUCUCCUCGCAUGCGGCUGCAAUUCCGGGAGGCUGUGGAGGAAAACGACCUGGCCUAUCUGAACAUGAUUGCCCUGCAACGGUAUGAGGCCGAGCAGCGGUAUCGGAAACACAGGGGCCAGUUACUGGAAGACGAGGAACGGGGAUACGACUGCGAUAUGGAGCUCAGGAGAAACCUAGAAGAGUGGAAGAGAUGGGAAUGA